AUGCCAGCCGGCGCGCAACUAGUCGAAACCCCGGCAUCAAUAGCCUUCCCGAAGGCGAAACCUUACUGGUUUCCCCCUACGCUGAAGCACCCUGCAUGCCGCGCUUUCUUCAUCAACAUCAAUAUAAUAACAAUGGCGAGACUGCAGCAACGGCGCGGAGGACUCAAGUCGAAGGGCCGCAAAUGGAUGGCCCUUUGCGCAUGCGGAGUUCUGGCACUGUCCAGCGGCAGCGCCUUCGCAGAGAUGCGCGAGGCGGAACAGGUUUUGCAGACCUUGGACGAGGGGUCGGCACCGUCGCCCAACAACGUCGUGUUGUGUUCAGUGGCAGGGGCCAGGACCGAAGACAACAUCGAGCACCACAAUGUCGAACUGGCCGAGGGAAAACUCUCUACCGCCUUCCAGUGCGCAUCUGGAACCAAUGCCGUUCCAGCGGAGCCGACACAAGUGUGUGUUUACAAAUCCCAGACGCUGGCCAAAUGCAACAGUGGGGGGACGAGCCUGACACAACUUCUCGGGACUAGCAACAACGUCACAUGGACAAAGGAAAGCGUAGACCUGCAGCCGAAGAAUAAGGCUGAAAGGAGGACGCUGCAGCUCACAGCCUCCGACCUCCCCUUUACUGACACAUACUUCUUCGUCGGUUGCCAAAACUCCAGUUCAAAUAAGGACUGUCAAGUUGACAUCACUGUCAAAGCUAGAUCCUCCUCUGUCGCUGAGAAUGUUGUCACCUGCGCCUACGGCUCAGACAGCAACCGUAGCACAUUGACGGUGGAAAUGACCCAAGAGAAGAACACGUUGACAUUGGCUUGCGGUAAGGCUGGCUCUAUCACCCCGGAGUCCUACGACGCCAACUACUGCGAGGACGACACCUUGAAGCCAUGCAAGAAGAGCUACAGAGAUAUUUUGCCCAAAUUCGAAGACACCUGGUGGACCAAAGAGACGAAGGAGGGCUCCCCGGUUGUGCUAACGAUUCCGAAAGAAGGCUUCCCGGAAUCGGACCAGCAGUUCUACGUCGGAUGCAUUCUUAAUCCAGUCGGAGGAAAUGAUAUUUCCUCUCGUGCCGACCAACCGGCGCCGUCCCCUGCUGACAAGGUUCCGACGCCCUGCAAGGUGCACGUGACGGUGAAGGCUGCGGGCGCUGCUUCCGCUGCACCUUCGAUCGCACGCGCAGCUACUGCAGCCGCUUCUGGCGCCGUUGGGUUUGCUGGUCUUUUUAGUCGCUCGUGA